AUGGCGGCAUCAUCUCAAAAACAGCUCUCUAUGCUCUUCCUAGUUCAUGUCCUUCUCAUGCUUAUUAUGCGAGAAGUGUCUCGUCCUACUUCGUCAAAAAGCUCUCCUCUAUUGGCCUUUGCUCUUUCAGGCAGCCAAACAAGAAUUGAGGAAGCGGAGGCACUGCUAAAAUGGAAAUCUAAGCUCAACAGUGAGAGUCGCUCUAUCUUAUCUUCGUGGAAUGGAAGCGACCCUUGUUCUUGGCGUGGACUCGGUUGCAAUCCUCUCAGGAGCAUCAUCAGUUUGAACCUCUCGAGCUACGCCAUCCAUGGUACGCUUGAUGAUCUCGAUUUCUCCUUAUUGCCCAACUUGGUCACCCUUAACCUUGCCAACAAUUCACUCUUUGGGAACAUCCCCUCGAGCCUCGGCAAUCUUUCCAAGCUUGCUUACCUAGAUUUUUCUCAAAACCACCUUUCUGGACACGUUCCAACCCAACUCGGAUUGAUGCGGUCUCUAGAAAUUCUGGCAUUGCCGUCGAACAACAUCACUGGUGCAGUCCCCGGCUCUAUAGGAAGUUUGAAUAACUUGACUGGCUUAUAUCUUCAGAACAAUAAGAUCUCCGGGUUCAUCCCACAAGAAGUAGGAAUGCUCAAAUCUCUCAAUUAUCUGUUUCUACAAAACAACCGCAUCGCCGGUCGAAUUCCUUCUUCCAUUGGAAAUAUGAGCAGCUUGAUGAAGUUAUGGCUUUUCAACAAUGAUCUUAUCGGGUCCAUUCCAGUAGAAAUAGGGAUGUUGGGGUCUCUUAGUGAGCUUGAUUUAUCAAACAAUUACCUCAGUGGAUCCAUCCCGAGAACUCUAGGAAACUUGACCAAUUUAGGCUUUCUUUACUUCUAUGGGAACCAACUCUCUGGCCACAUACCUGAAGAAGUUGGAGGAAUUAGAGCCCUCAUACAUUUUGAGCUUUCAAGCAAUGAUCUAACAGGUUCAAUCCCGCCGUCAAUAGGGAACUUAAGUGGCUUGGACAUUCUUUAUCUUUUCCACAAUAAGCUUUCCGGUCCUAUUCCUCCGGAAAUCGGAAACCUUAGAUCUCUCUCUCGACUUGCUCUCUACUCUAAUAAUCUCACAGAAUCCAUCCCAGAAACGAUUGGGAUGUUGGGCAACUUGACCGACUUGCUCCUCUAUGAAAACAAUAUCUCCGGCCCUAUACCUUCUAGUAUCGGAAACUUAAGCAAGCUUGAAGUAUUGCACUUGGACCAAAAUAAGUUGUCCGCCCCAAUUCCGAAAGAGAUGGGAAGACUAGGACUCCUUGUUGUGCUGUUUCUAUGUCAGAAUAGCCUUGAAGGCUCUCUUCCCAUUGAGAUCAACAAUCUCACAUCCCUCGCACACCUAGGACUAGGCGACAACCAGCUCGUCGGCCAAUUGCCCCCGGAUAUAUGCAACGGUCAAGUUCUUGAAAAUUUCACUGCCCAAAACAAUCACUUCACGGGACCGCUACCAAGAAGCCUGAAAAAUUGUACGAGUUUGUAUAGAGUUAGGCUCCAAAAUAACCAGCUAAGGGACAAUAUUUCUAAUGUUCUUGGCACAUACCCAACUUAA